AGUUUUGUUACCUGAUUGUGCAGAAAACGAGAAAUCUAUAAAUAAACUUGCGUCUGGAUAAAAGUUGUCAGUGCAAUAUUGUCCUAAAAUUACAUUAAGUUUGAAGCAAAUAAUAUCAGAAGUUAAAGAUCUUAAUAGGAAUUUUUAGGUUACAAAAUAUUUUACAAGAUGCCGAAAAAGUUCGCUGGAGAGAAUAGCAAAGCUGUAGCAGCUAAAGCCAGAAAAGAGGCUGUUAGGGAGAACGAGAAACAAAAGAAGAAGCAGCAGGAUGAUGAUGCUAUGUGGAUGGACAAUGAUAAAGGGGCCAUGAAGAAACAGCAGCGAAAGGAAGAGCAAGAGAAAAAGAAGAUUGAACAGGCCCAGAAGAAAGCUGAAGCCAAAGCUUUGCUUGAGGAAGAGAUGUCAAGCAUCAAGAAGGUUUCUAAACCAUCACCAUCUCCUAAAGUAACUGUAGCUAAAAUACAAGCUAUGAAACAAGCCCAGGCUCAAGCACAAACUAAAAAGGAGGAUAAGAAAAUUGAGACCCAUCUCGAUGUUCCUGUGGAGGAGAAUAUAAACAGAAUUGAAGUGGAUGGAGAUGAAGCUAGAACUAUCACUGAGGCUAUUAAUAUCUUAAGUGUGGAAGAAAAGCAUGUAGAUAAGCACCCAGAGAAAAGGAUGAAGGCAGCUUAUAAUGCCUUUGAGGAGAGAAGAUUAAUUGAAUUGAAGGCUGAGCAUCCUUCACUUAGAUUAUCCCAAUUGAAGCAGAUGAUCUUCAAAGAAUGGCAGAAGUCUCCAGAGAACCCAUUGAAUAACGUUUAACGUUUAAAUACAAAAAUAAUUUA